AUUAUGAUGAAGCUUGGAUCUCUGGCUUAUUCUAUUCACCCGUUUUUUCCAAUGUGAAGCACAAGGUGAGCAUAUUCUCGUACUGGCAUAUGGCUUUUCGUUGCAAUUCCAUCCAUGUUAGGCUAUAUAGAACACCGUUGGGUAACAAGAUUGAAGGCAGUGGCCAUGGGGGAAAAGUGGCGGAAUAACAAAACCAAAGGACUCCAGCAUAUCACGAAAACGAAUCAGAUUCUGAUCUCGUUGGGAGCAACACAAAAAUAAAAUUGAUGGUCUAUGAUCCGAGCUGAGCAUCUUGGUCGAUCUCCAGAUGGAAAUCACACCAGGCAUUGGUUUCGCUGUCACAGCGAUAUCUAUGAUGGCUUGUUUCUUACUGAACGUCCUCGUCGACAACCUACCCAUACCAUCGAAGUAUGCAGAUAGAUCCCAGCGACAUAAAUGGAGAAAUGUAGUCGUUUCAACUAUCCACGCAGUAUCAGGCACCAUUGGUGGAUUCGUGAGUAUAUACUUUGCCCCAGAGUUACUAAAGGACCAUAUGAAUGUUCCCUCAUCCAUUAUGCUGCUGUCUAUGGCAAUCAGUAAUGGAUACUAUAUUUAUGACUUCAUCGAUCUUGCAAGGAACACGAAGCUGAACAAUUUUCUUCCAUUAAUGUUGCAUCAUACUGCGUCCAUUAGUUUUGUAAGUUGGGUGUUAGUGAGAAGGAAACUGAUCGGUCUCAUUGCCAUCUCGUCAUGCAUGGAGCUCAACGGUAUCUUCCUCCAUCUUCGCCACAUCCUCCUCAUGUGUGGCUACACGAAAGACGACAUCGUCUUCCGAGUCAACAACGUUUUCAACGUCGUCACAUAUUUCGUGCUUCGCCUGGGUAUAUUUGCGUACGACACGUUGUGGUUGUGCUGGAAUUGGAAUGAUGUCGGUUUGUUUCUUCCAUCAAUGGCUGCGACAUUGCUCGGUUUGAACAUUGCUUUAUUUAUUCGACUCAUCAGAAGUGAUUAUGUGAAGAAAUCUGCCAAGCCAAUGCCAAACGAUAUCAUGGCCGGUUAAUAGAAUUGGCUUCCAUGCAGGAAAUAGUUUACUCAACCAAGCUUCUAUUUACGAUAUGGUUAAUGCAGUACUAUUUUUGUCAUUAUUAACAUUGGAGUUUGCAUCAUGAUCGUAUCGGCAAGUAAUGCAAAAAGUGUGAGAUUUAGUUUUUGUACUUAGAAUAAUACAUAUUAUGGACGGAAAAGUACGGAUCCCCGAUGUAAGGAUGGAUGCACACAUGUUUUGUACAUAAAAAAGAGAUAGACUAUUACUCCUAAAUUGACCCUGUUUUUCUUCUCUACAAAAUAAAUGGCAAGCCUACUGGUGUCUCACGAAGGGAGUCCUCUUUUCAUUCGCGCUUCCAAAAGAGGGUACACAUGUAAGUGGCAUUUGUAUACAACUUUGGACAAAGGGGCACGCCCCAAUGCCCCCCCCCCCCACUCCUAUGUACAUAUGCGCUCUUAAUUGAUACGGACAUCGGAUAAAUCUCCUAUGUCUUAAAUGCUUGACCAUGCAUACUUGCUAAAAUGAUGAGACUCAUUGCUUGUUUUUUUUUUUUUUUUUGCUUCCAUGUACUCUGUACCAUUCAUGUGAUGAAUAUGGAUACCUACUGAUUUUUUAUGAGCAUUUUCGAACUAAAAUUCACACUCAAACUCUGAAUUAUUUUUGUAGGGAAAUAAUCAGAUUAAAGAGUUCAGAUGUUUAAUCUCAUCCUGCUUAGUAGGAUUUUAUUCAUUAAAACGCUCGUCAUUCCACAAAAGAGUCUCAUUAAUCUCGCGAUUUUGUGAAAUAUAUUCAAACCAAAUAUAUAUAUAGGAUGACAAAAGCAAUCUUUUUUUCAUUUUAUACUUAAAGGUCAAGUCCACCCCAGAAAAAUAUUGAUUUGAAUCAAUAGAGAAAAAAAAUCUAACAAGCAUAAUGCUGAAAUUUUCUUCAAAAUCGGAUGUAAAAUAAGAAAGUUGUGACAUUUUAAAGUUUCGCUUAUUUUCUCAAAAGAGUUAUAUGCACAACUCAGUGAUAUGCAAAUGAGAGAGCCGAUGAUGUCCAUCAGUCCCAUCACUCACUAUUUUUUUAUUGUUUGAAUUCAACAAUAUUUCAAUUUCUACGUAAUAAAGAGUAAAUGCAAAACUUGAAUGAACCACAUAAUGUAAGCAAUGUUUAAUUCAACAUGUUCAGGGAGGAAUAAAACUCAGUUUCACAUGGCAAGGUGGAGAAAAUAAGAAUUAUUCAUAUUCCAUAUAAUAGAAUACAAAAGAAACAAUGAGUGGGUGACGUCAUCAGUCCUCUCAUUUGCUUACCGACCAGGAUGUGCAUAUAACUGUUGUGUGAAAUUAAGCGAAAUACCAAAAUGUCAUAACUUUCUUGUUUUACUUCCGAUUUCGAUGAAAUUUUCAGUAUUGUGCUUGUUGGCUUUUUCUCUUUUUAUUCAAAACAACUUUUUUGUUGGGGUGCACUUAAACCUUAAAAGCUAGUUGUUGAUAGAGAUUUAUUUAAUCUGGAAUUUCGUUCCAUAUUUUGGGGCCAGUAUACCUAAUGUUGCAUGUGUUGGAAGAUUAUUUUUGUAUAUUAUGUUCGGGAAUGAAUAUUUGAUUAUUUGAGCGGGUAUCAAAAUGAUGAAUGUCUGAAACAUGCGUAUAUUACGAUUCACGAUUUUUUUUGGAAGAAUUUUGAGAACUUAAACACCUUUAGAGAAAAUUACAUCGUUGAAAUUUGUUGAUGUCGUCUAAUUUCACAAAUUUUUGGGAAUGAAACGAAAUUUUAAUAUUUGCUAGUGGUAACUUGUCGUCUGGAGAAAUAAUACAUUGGCAAUUUUAUUUUGAAGGGAAAAUAAUUGUUAUGACGGGAUUGGUAUGUGUUAGCCCAGACCAAAUUACAAUGAUAAAAAUAUGGCAAGAUUAGAGAGCAAUAUAAUGUACGCAAUACAGUUUUAGGCAAGUAAAAACUUAGGCGAUAUAUUAUUAAUUUUUUUUUUGCAACUUUGUUCUCAGUUUCAUUAAUUUACUAUCAAUGAUAACGCCAAGAAACCUAGCACUUUCAACUCUGGGAAUGAUUUGGUUGUUAAGCUUAACGAAUACAAGAUUGAAAUCAAUAUGUCUUGUAGAGUUACGGAAUAUAAUGUAAUUGCAUUUUUAUAGUUAAUAGCUUGUAUACACAAAGCCAUUUACAAACAUUUGUUAGUUCAGUAUUUACAGUUUCACACAAGUGAUAAAGAUUUUUAUCAGAAUAAACAAUAUUUAUAUUGUUGGCGUACAUGAGAAAGGAAACGAGAUUUGACGAACGAUAAAUGUCAUUGAUAAAUAAAAUAAACAAAAGUGGGCCAAGUAAUGACCCUUGUGGUACUCCACACUCAGUUGCCCUAAAUUCAGAAUGAACAGAGUUAUAAAUGAUGCAUUGUUUACGAUUUGAGAGGUAACUAGAAAAAGGGUUGAAUGCAUUUCCACGAAUACCAUGAUAGUUAUUCAGUUUUGAUAAAAGUAUAUUAUGAUGAAUUGUGUCAAACGCUUUUGACAAGUCAAUAAAUAUCCCUAUUGCGAAUGAGCUUUUUCUCAAAGUAGUCAUUUAUGGUAUUUGUUAAGUCGAGAAGAGGCAAAUGUUGAGUGGUCAAUACGAAAUCCGUAUUGAGAUUCAAAAAGACACUUGAUAUUCUAAAAAAAUAUAGGUCUUUUGAUAAAUAAUCUUUUCCAAUAUUAAAAAAAGCACUGAUAUGGGCCUAUAUUACUGAUCUGCUCUUUGUCACCAGUUUCUAAAAAUUGGAGAAACUCGUGCAAUUUUCAUUUUAUCAGGAAAUACCCCAGAGGUUAACGAUAAAUUAAAUAUAUGGCAUAAAGAUUCGAUAAUUAAUUCGAUUACAAGUUUAACACUCUGAGGUAAGCAUUCGUCAAGACCCGGGGCCUUGCUGUUAUCGAAACACAUGCCAGUUUUACAAAUUUCAUGUUGGCUGACCGGAUUUAAAAAAAAAAAGAUUUUGAAUUUGGUUCAGAUAGAUAAGUUCUGAAUCUGUAUUAUUUUGAGGAGUGAUGUCUGCUAAAUUUGGGCCUAUUUCAAGGAAAAGAUUAAUAAAAGUAUUUGCUAUUUGGAACGGGUCUGACGAUAGACCGACACAAACAAUGGUGUUGGAGGUUGAUUUUUUUUUAUUUUUUUUUAUUGAUUUGAUAAUUUGCCACGGUUUAUAAAGUUGUAAUAUUCUUCAAAUUUAGAUUUAUGAUAUUUUUUUAGCCUGCCGUUUCAAACAGUUGACGUGUUAAAGAGAAUCUUUGUAUUUAAUUUCGUUUCUAACUUUUGGUUUAUAGAUAUAUUUUUAUAAAGAUUGUUUAUAUGUCGAAUAGAUCGAAGCAAUCCAUCGGUCAUCCAGCACUUGAACAGUUCAAUUUAAUGGAAAGUUGUUAUUUCAAAGUGUAGUAAAUCUGUAAUUUGUAAACAAAUUUUCGACAUUACUCCUAUGUGUUUUAGACCGCAUGCUCGAUCUGUGAUGAAAAAGGAGUAAUGCGGAAAAUUUGCUUACAAAUUAUAAUUUCCUCCUAUUAAAGCCUCUUUGUAGUAAAUCUGGUUAUGAAUAUGUCAUAUGAUUGAUUGGCAUCCUGCAUAUUAGAUAUUUCAUCCCAAUUUCGUUUUUAAAUUUCGCAAUAUUUUGUGCUGUAAAAGACUAUAAUUUAAUUUUACUACCAUUCAUGAAGAUUUCAUUAAAUAUUGGUAAGUGAUCUGACACGUCAGAGUCUUAUUACACUCUA